AUGGCGCAAGUCUUCAGUGUAUUAAGCGGAUAUCACAGCAUUAAAGCAAUUGUUUUUAAGCUUAAGCGUAGGCUUAAAUCGAUACCGAUUUCUUUUUUUAGAACCUCGUGGGGAAGAAAAAUCGGUCUUUUAAAAGGAACAAAGUUCCUAGCCAUACGCCUACAAAAUCUAGAACAGGAGGUGGUUACGCCAUUACAAGUCAAACAGGCGUUAAAUCUAAGACGAAAAGUAUCAUUUUUAGUGUGUCAUGGAAGCAGACAGUAUUCCAUCACGUAUGCAAACUACAUCAAGUGGAGAUUAUAUGUUUUUAUUACCACCGCCGCCAUAAAUGCAAUUGGAUAUAAAGUUUAUGGACGUAUACUUUAUAAAAUCGACCUAACUCAAGAAGCAUUGGAUAUCUGCCAGACAGAAGCUGCCAAAGCUACAAACAAUAUUCAGAAAAUAGCCAUAGAUAAAGUUAAGUUAACCGUUAAGACUAAACGUAGCUUUGAUGAUACUGUUUCUCGGCCAAACUUUCUGACAACAAGGAACCCGGAGGUCAAGUACUUUGAAUACUCUCCAAGCUAUAAGUGGGAUUUUGAAUCCUACAAAAAACACAUGAUGGACAAGAGGGUAAAACCUAAGGCGGGCGUUAUCUUUGCUAAGUACAAACAUUGCCUUAAUUUAUUGGCGCGUUUUGAUGACCUAUCUGCAAAUAACAAGCGUAUUCUGGAAGGAUUGCUUAGGAAAUGGGAAACGUCGUUUGACGAACAGCAACAGCAACAGCACCAACAACAGCAACAACAACAACAAUCGAUUAGCAAUGUAUUUAACAACUAUGACGGCCUGCAAGCCAAUAGUGUUAGUAUGUCGACUUCUGGUGAAAGAGUGAUAGAUGAAUGCAAAGUAAGUGAUGCUGAGUCAUUGAAUACACCUGAAAGUUGUCAAGCUGUUGAAGAUUCAGAACCAGCGUCUUUUAUAACAGACACAUCGGAUGAAUCAUUUCAAGCAAUCGAACCAGCCUCCGACUUAGGUGAAUGUCUCAAGCUACGCGAAUACAUCCUUGAACUGAAGGAGUUCGGUAACCCAAUGCCUACAAAUCAAGUUUUUAUUCAUAGUAUGGAUAAUGCGUUAAGCUUGGAUGAGAGAUUACGGUUGUCUUUGAUCAAGUACUGCGAUAGUUGUCCUGCAGAACUCUCAUUAAAGCCCAAGGAGUUUUCUGAUGAAACGUAUACAGAAAUAAGGAAACGGAGAAGAACCAAUUUAUUAGAAACAUUGGACAGACCACCAGCGACAGUUGCUAGCAAGCAGUCUGAAUUCGAUUACUACAUGCAAACCGUUUCCAUAAUUUUGCGGUUCAUUUUUAAUUCUAAAUCAAAAAUCAAGAUCGCCUGGAAAAUGUCUUAUUUGAAUUUAAAAAUGAUUGAUUUUCAUCUACUUUUUUGUUUAUUUUUCACAUUUAGGGAAACGCCUUCUAUCACUAAUCAGACUACCCUAGGAAAAUUAGUGAUUCACGACUUUGUAUUGUAUAGUCAAUACUAA